CUCCCCUGUGCCGCGGGCUGGGAAUGGUACAGCCCUGCCUGCAGCGCCCGCUGCUCCGGGGACGUUGCUGGAAGGUGAAGGCAGCGGCUGCGGGGGCUGCGGGGGCUGCGGCGGCCGCAUCCAGCCCCGACACUCGCCAGGAGAAGGGCUGGAAGGGACCCUGCGCCCAGCUCCGUCCCGAGCCCUCCCGCGGCAGGAGCCAUGACCCAGGGAAAGCUCUCCGUGACCAGCAAACCCCCCAGCUCUGAGGGCCAGGGAGACAAGAAGGACAAUGCCACAGCCCCCCCGGCUCCCCCGUCCUAUGAGGAGGCCACAGCGGGAGAAGGGAUGAAAUCCAGGGCUUUCCCUGCCCCGCCGGCAGCCCCGCUCCACCCCAGCUGGGCUUACGUGGAUCCCAGCACCAGCCCAAGCUACGGCAGCGGGGGGUACCCGGGGGACACAGAGCUGCUCACGACCUUCAGCUGGGACGACCAGAACGUGCGCAGGGUGUUCAUCAGGAAGGUUUAUGCCAUCCUGAUGGUCCAGCUCCUGGUCACUGUUGUCAUCGUGGCUUUCUUCACCUUCUGUGAACCGGUCAAGGGCUACAUCCAGACCCACUCUGCCUGGUACUGGGCUUCCUAUGCCGUUUUCUUUGUCACCUACCUGAUCCUCGCCUGCUGCUCUGGGCCCAGGAGAUACUUCCCUUGGAAUCUGAUCCUGCUCAGCAUCUUUACCCUGUCCAUGGCUUAUCUCACUGCGAUGCUCUCCAGUUACUACAACACCAAGUCAGUGCUGCUGUGCCUUGGGAUCACUGCUCUGGUCUGUCUGUCUGUCACCAUCUUCAGCUUCCAGAGCAAGUUUGACUUCACCUCGUACCAGGGCGUUCUCUUCGUGCUGCUCAUGGUGCUGUUCCUGGGGGGACUGGUCCUGGCUGUCAUCCUGCCCUACCAAUAUGUCCCGUGGCUCCACGCGAUCUACGCUCUGCUCGGGGCUGGGAUCUUCACCAUGUUCCUGGCCCUGGACACGCAGAUGCUGAUGGGGAACCGCCGGUACUCGCUGAGCCCUGAGGAAUACAUCUUUGGAGCCCUCAAUAUCUACCUGGACAUCAUCUACAUCUUCUCCUUCUUCCUGCAGUUCUUUGGCUCCAGCCAGGAGUGAGGGCAGCAGGGCAGGAUCCUCCCUGUGCUGGCAAAUGUGAGGGGUUAAAUUGAAGAGCAGAGGUGAAAGGGUUCAAAACUGCCAAUCUGACCCAAUCCCUCCCUUUCUGGUCCAUCCAAUGCACCGAGGAGCCCCAGGCCCCUCCUGCAGUUUUGUACAUUUGCUGUCAGGCCUUUGUGACCCAGAGAGCAAAGCAGGGCUUCAGUGUCAUGUCCCUUCUGCUCCCCCUGCUCCUGUCCAGCCCAAACCAGUCCUGAGACUCGGGGUAGGAGACCAGGACCUUCCUGGCCCCAGGAGCUGCUGGAGGUGCCCUCUGAGUCUUGCCCAUCAGCGGUGAAAGUGCUGUGAAAAAAAAAACAGUGAUGGCAGAGCAGGGAAUUUGGUUCGAUCCUGGCAGGAAAAGCAGCUGAGCCAAGGGAAAAGCCUUGGGGAAUCCUUGCAUUGCCCUGUUUCCCACAUUCCUUUGGAGCUCAGUGGCCUCUGCGCUAUUCCUGGUGGCUCCUGCUGUUGGAAAUGUGAAGUGUGGGAUCACAUAGCUGGAUUUCAGUGCUCCAGGUACAGGGAAACUAUUUGUUCAGGACAUGCAGCUCUCUGAGGUCAUCCCUGGUGCAACUGCAGGAAGUAUUCCCCUGGAUCCCUUGCAUCCAGCUGUGGAGAUGAGCCCUUUCCCUUUCCCUUUCCCUUUCCCUUUCCCUUUCCCUUUCCCUUUCCCUUUCCCUUUCCCUUUCCCUUUCCCUUUCCCUUUCCCUUUCCCUUUCCCUUUCCCUUUCCCUUUCCCUACGUGAAUGUGCUGGUUCUCUUUGGAGUGUGGCUCCUCACCAGAGGGGCUGGGAUCCCAGGGAAGGAAUAUUGCCAGGAAAUGGCAGAGAUGGAGGAGGCUGAGUUUCCAUGCUGAGAAAUGCCAUUCCAUGUGGGAAAUGGGCUGGGAUCCUGUGACCCACCCUAAGGAUCUGACACCUUCACAGACUUGUCUUGGCUGCUCCAAAUUAGUGUUCCUAAGGGGUCAUUCCCAGGGACUGAAGCCAUUGGAACACCAAUGUUCCCUCUCCCCGGCUGUUUUUCACUUCUCCUCUCCCAAACGGGGAUGUCAGCAUGGGCUCUGGAAGUGCUCAGGUAACUUUCCACCGUGGCCAUGCUCACAUUCCCUGUUUGGGGCUCAGCUGGCUGAUCUUGGACUGUAAAGCUCCCCAGGGAGAUAAGGGGCCUUUUGCUCUCAUUCCAAGAGUGAUCCUUCCUGCAGAUAGGACCUCGUAUCUCCCAUCUCGCUGGGAAUGCUGGGCGAGUGCGUCACAGAGCUGCCUCCAGCAAUCCCUGCCGGAGAGAGGCUCUGCCAGAACGCUGGGACGGCACAUUCCUGCUCCUUCUGCCCUGAGUUUUACCCUGCACAUGUCCUGUCCUCCUGCCACACGUGUCCAAGAUCCAGGGAAAGUUAUUGUGGGGGGAAUGGAAAUGCUCCGGCCCCUCUGUGGCUGUGCUGAUGAGCACAAGUGAUGCCUUCCCCUUACUUUCAUCCCCAAAACACUCCCAAAAAACCCCAACCAGAUCAAUAACACCCCAACCAGACAAUAACACCCCAACCAGACAAUAACACCCCAACCAGAUCAAUAACACCCCAACCAGACAAUAACACCCCAACCAGACCAAAAAACCCCAACCAGACCAAAAAACCCCAACCAGACCAAAAAACCCCAACCAGACAAAAAACCCCAACCAGACCAAAAAACCCCAAUGAGACGAAAAACCCCAACCAGAAAAAAAACCCCAACCAGACAAAAAACCCCAAUGAGACAAAAAACCCCAAUGAGACAAAAAACCCCAAUGAGACAAAAACCCCAACCAGACCAAAAAACUCCAAUCGGACCAAAAAACCCCCACCAAAGACAAAUUUGUUGUAGGGAUGAAGGACACCAUGAGGUGAUGCCAGCAGGAAGUUAAUGUCCUGCUGGUUCCUGCUGAGGAGAACCAAAUCCUUGGAUUGCUGAGCAGGCAGGACUGGGAAUGGUGUGGGAGGCACACUAAAAGUGGAUGAAAUGAGAGUUUCAAGAGGAAAUUUCCUGGCCCUCAGCAGACUGGCUGGGAAGCCUUUCCUUGCUCACAGCUGUCUCCUGUAGGGAUUUGUGCUUUCCAGGCUUGGAGGGAGGAGUGUGGAGCCCCAUGAUGAGCUCUGGCUCUGAAAUAGUCCCAAAACUCCUCCAAAAUGCCCUGCUGGGAGCUGGGGAGGAGCACAUGGAACCUGCAGCCUGCUCUGGAAUUGCUCUUUUUCCUUCUGGUGUGGAGUAACUUUUCUGCUGCUGCAUCCUGGCUUGCUGCUGCUGCAUCCUGGCUUUCUGCUGAUAUAUCCUGGCUUUCUGCUGAUAUACCCUGGCUUUUCUGCUCCUGUUGGGAACAUCUGGCAUGACCCCACUCCAGGCACCUGGGUGGGGGGAACUUGCUGCCCUCCUUUGUCCCUUGCAUGUGUCCUGGUCUCUUUUCCACACUGAUCCCAUCCCAGCCAGCUCUGAUGCAUACUGAGCACUGUACCUCUCAGGGAGCUGGAGUUCCUUGGGAGGCUGAGGAAAGCAGGAUCUGGGGUGGGAUAUGGAGGGCUGUCCUCCACCCAAAGUCCUCACCCAGCUCUGUAUCCAAAUCCUUUGGAGUGGUCAUUCCUAUGAUUUCACUGUAAAUAGGAUUUUGUAUCUUCUCUGACUAUUGCUAAUAAAUU